GGUAUAGUUCUCCUGUGACACGUGUGUCUUAUGCCUGAUUUCACUGGCCUUUCGGUCACCAUGAAUACAAUACGCGGAGAGAACACACUGACGAACCCCGUCAUCUGCAAACAUGUUACGGGUGCCUGGACACAGGGACAAGAUCGAACAUGUCCUGGAAAACUAAGCUCAAAAACAGCUUGGUUUAAGCUGUAUGAAGAUUUCGAGGCUGAAGAUAGCCAGUAUCACAGGAACUUAUCAGCUUCUUCCAUUGCUGAUCAGCACACUGACCAACUCUCCACUAUCAGUCGCCUCAGGUCUGUUCAUGAGUCCCGCUCAAACAUCACAACAAGAAGCCAGAGUGAUUCAGACUUACCGCGACGCCUGUUUGGAGAACCUGAUUUGGUAGACUUACAGCCGAGUUGGAGUUCUGACCUUCAGUCUCGUAAUUCCUCAGCCAGUGUGUCCUGGGUGACGUCACGCUCUUCUAGUGUGCAUGACUCCAGGUUAAGGUCAACCCCCACCAGCCCAUCCUCCUCCCAACUCUCCAACGCUUCCCGGAGCUCUUGUGGCCUUCACACGCAGAAGAAGGUGUGGUUUGUCUUGAGUGAAGACUGUGAAUCAGAUUCUGAAGUUUCACAACGAGUAUCCAGCUCAUCAAGUGACCUCACCCAGCAUUCAGCAUCCUUUCUGCAGACACCAGAGCUGACACAGCACGUUACCGACUCACGGCUUCAGGAUUCCAGGACACCUCCGACUGGAUGUGUUCAUACUGCCCUGGCUACUGGAGAGAGGGAUCUGACUCAGUAUCAGGCACAUUCUACAACAGAACACAGGGAGUUUUCUGUCAGGUCCUCACCUGUAGGGGAGCUCACACAGCCCCCUGUUAUCCCAUUACCUAGUGACUCCCUGAAGGGCUCUAGAUCUGACAGCAGGGAUCUUACGCAGUAUCCAUGGAGAUUGACUCAAUCUACUGACAUUACUCAACAUUCAAAUUAUUCUGGUCGAGCCAGCCAAGAUAGUGAACUGUCACUGGUUUAUGCCGAUCCAACCCAGUACACGACACAGCAGUCCUUGAGUUUGUCAACUUUGGGAGCCCAUACAAACCCAGGAGAAAGACUCUCUGAUAGUAACCUGACUCAGUACUCAUCUGGACACCAUUCUGUACCAGGCUCUUCUCAGUGCUCUCAGUCCCCAGAAGCUUCUGCAGGAAAAUCAUGUGGUGUGCCUAGCUUCUAUAGACAUGACGCACCGGUAUCAUCAUUAAGCUCUGCAGUAGGAGAGCAAAGUGAAAUAUUCCACCAGUUGGAAAGCCAAGGGCAGAAUUCCACACCAGUCUCUCAGUCUGCUUCCUGUAGAACAUCAGGGGUUGGCAGCACAUUUAGCUCAAGCACAGGUGAACUGGGUUUAAAGCAAUCAACAAGGACUACAGCAAAUGACGUUGUUGUGGGUAGAAGUCCAUCGUCAGCUUUCUACACGCCAUCUUCACGUCUGACUAGCUGUCAACAAACCGGACAGCAAACAUCGUCACUCCCACUGCACGAGUCGAAUACUUUUGUUUCACAGCUCAAAUCUUUGCAUGCCACAUGCACAUCUUCAUGUGUCACACCCAAGGCCCCAUGUGUCACUCCCACAUCACCAUGUACAUCACGCACUUCCCCACUAGAAAGUCAGAGGUGUAAAUCUGACAUACCUUCACAUUCCCAAAGUCAAAGGCUUGUUUUAAAUUCCCAUUUUUUUCGCAGAAGUGACUCUUCUGAUGGUGCUAGUGAAACCUCUGAGGCUACAUGUACAUAUAAAUCAUCCGAAGGUUCAACUAAAGAGCCAGGAUUUCGUGAUUCCGGGCUGGUGUUACAACAUACAUGCAGUGGGGAGGCCUCAAGACAAACUGUCAGUAUAUGUGCCUUAUAUGAAAAGUCCUCAGAACCAAACAUCACUCAGCAAUCAGAUCAGGGUUCCUUGUCAAAGAUCACAUUCAAUGAAUCUGAGUGGAUGCCAGUCCCUGAGGAUAAAGGAAACGGAGGGUCUGCUUCUUCAGUAAGUCUGCCUGCUGAAGUGCCUGAUGUAGAACUGGGUGUGGAGCCCGCCACCCAUCAGUGUGAUAAGUCUGGUCAAGAGGGCCGUGAUCCCAAGAGUAGCGGUGAGAGUGGCCUGGGCGUGUCCACAGAGACAGAGCAGGUGUCCGUAAACGUGUCACACCUGUCAGGCUCUUCCUUCUGUCCGCUGACAGAAGAUACAUGCUCCUCACAGAACAGCAGUAGCAGCUGGAAGAUGAGUUCCCCUGAGAGGGCGGUAGACCAGGGGGAUCAGGAGCCUGCAGAUCUCUCUCAGUCCCAGGUUCCUAACUUAUCCUUUAAUGACAGCAGUAAAGACAGUACGUCUCUGCCCAUGUUUUCCCCUCAAGCAUCUCACAGGUACACCUCCUCAGAUGAAGACUGGAGGUCAGAGACAGAUGGUGUCGUCUCAGAAGCUGAUGGUAUAGAUGCAGUUGAAAGCCCCUCUCAGCAAGCCUUCAGUGAUGUGUUGAUGGGUAUAUCAGAGCAGGCUGUGCAUGAAGCCUUGUCAGGGAUCCUGCAAGAGCAGGCUGUGCAGACAGUAGUGUCCGAGAUCUCCAGUGACUUUGUGUCCGGUAAUCUUUCCAUGGACGGGAGACGCUCAAGUGACAGCUCUCAGCUGUCCUCUGACAAGGACGAGGCUGGUAUUGAGAGAGAGUUUAGAGGGUCCAUAUCAGGGCUCUAUCCAGAGUCCUACGGUGGGUUGUCAGACGUGGACUGGAAUAUUUACACCUCCAAUGAGUCGGACAAUAACAUCACUCCCAGAUCAGCUGCCAGUUCUGGGCAGAGGGAACUGCCAGUUGGAGGGGAUCUGUCAAUAAGCCAUGAUACACGACGGCCAUAUGAAGUCACAGAUGACCAAGAUAUACAGGAUGGGGUUGGUUCUCUGGCCCCUAGAGACAUUACGACAAUUGAGAGGGGCCAAAGUACACUAGAGGAUGAAAGUGCAACAACUAGCCAGCACUCAGAAAAUGAGACAAGAACCUGUGCUCCCUACACCACACUAGGUGAUGUACUUGAUUUAAAAGCCCAAAAUCAGUCAGUCACUCCUAAUGCUGAAGAAUCCAUUCCAAUAGCUGUUACUGGACCAUCAGAGUUUAAUACUGCUGCAGAAGGAAAUUCCGAGAUGAAGGACCCCAAGAUUGUGAUCCUUGAAGCAAGAGCUGAUGCUAAUGAUUCCACCAGUUCUGAGUCUGGGAGAGGAAGUGGCUCCAAGUCUGCCAGUUUGUCAGAGGAUUACAACUUAACCAAGCAUGACGAGACGAGUUUUACAUACUCUGAGUACUCUAGGGAAAACUCUAAUGUGUCUGAUGUUCUCAGCACAGAUGGGAAGCCAUACACAGAGACUGAUACAAAAGACGACGAGAAGGAACCUGUUAGUACAUCAGUUUCUGAAAGCACUGAUCUUACUGUGAUGUCACCAGAAACAUUGGCUGGAGUUUCGUCUAAUUCUACAGAAGACCAUGUUAGAUUGAUUGUUGGACAAGAUGAUUCCAAAACAGAAGGCAGGAACAGCUUAGUGAGCAAUAUGUCUACGGAGGCCUUUGCUCCCAUGAAUGAAACCAGAAAUUCUGAGUAUCAUGGGGAUGAUAGUUGUGGGCAGUAUGAACAGUCUUUUCAGUCACAUCCCAGGAAAUCAGGCAGUGUUGUUCCAGAUGACAGACCAUUGUCAAACAGAGAAGAAUCCUCAACAAUGGACAUGUCUGGCAUUACUGAUGUGUCAAGGCCGAGUUAUUUAGUCCCAGCCGAUGAUUCUGAAUUCAUGAUUACAAGUGAGAAAAGUUAUCAAGCCCUGCUGCCAAGCUUUUCACAUGAUGUUGUUAGACUGUCAGUCUCUUCAAAUGGUGAAAGCUUAAAGGAGCAACCUGUCAGCAACGAGUCAUUACUGAGAGACAGGACACAGAGCUCUCUAGAUAGUGGAAUGGAUGUGGGCAUAGAUAACAGGCAGAGACCUAACCACAUGGCUGUAGCUUCCGAUAGCCAACAUGCACUUUCUGAUGUCUGUGACAGUAGGGGAACAUUGAGAGACUUUGACCCUCAUGCUGACACACUUGCUUCACGAUUCCGGGACAUCAGCGAUAGAGCGAGCACCCCCACCGGUGAGGCUAGCCAGCUUCCUGACUUCCAGAGCUUAACCCCACCCUCACUGUUGUCAGCCAAGUCCAGUAGUUCCUUCCCCCUGCUAUCCGGAGAGAGGAGAGAGUUGAGCGAACGUAUGGGUGAGUCUUCCCACUCUGAACUGUACAAGAGGGACCACACGACAGCAACGUUGUCUCAGGAAAGUGAAGUGUACAAGAGAGAUGACACCUGGGCAGCCGGUAUGCCUCAGCACAGUGCACCAGCUAGACUAGACCAGAGAAUUGGCAUCAGUUACCCUGACAAGCAGCAGACAAUCCCAAAACGUGUUGAUGAAGAAAGUUACCCAGAAAGUCACAUCAUGACCAGAGACUCAAGACUGAUGUCUGAUAAUGGAUCUGAUGAGGAAUACAAGAGCAGUGAUGACUUGUCAAGAAAGGUGGAGUAUUUACUGAGUAACACAGCACAUUUGGCUGAGCACAGUGAGACGUCACCGCCUACAUCAAAUCUCGGUAGGCAUAUUGGAGAGCACAGAGACUCUCCCCAAGACCUGGAUUAUGACUCUUUACACCAAGACCUGGAUAUAAUACAGGACAGUUUGAAGACAUCCAGCACUGUGCCGGGCUUGCUAGGGCUGGACCGUGCUGACCUGGCCAAUAGCACCGUGAACACAACUCCUCCUAAGCUGUCCUUCAGAAGUAACGGUGGGACUGGUAGCCCUAGCUCAGAUCUGGACACCUCCAGGAGAAAGUUUCUGUGGGAUUAUGGAGCAGACAUUGGAUAUGAUGACGGGCAGGGCCGAUUUAUUGGUCAUAUUAAGGAUAUCACUGGUACAGAGAACAACGUGUCUGGGCCUCACAGCAGAGAAAGGCUCUCCAACUACUCCUCUAGAAGUGCGACACCCAUGCAGAAUCUGGACUCAGCCAAUCAAACAUUGACUGACCAGGAGGACGUUUUUGGUGAAAUGUCACUGUGCUCUCAAAGUGUGCUGAAUGUUGAUGAAACCAUCAGUGAGAAGGAGGGUGAGGUUGACUUUUCCCCUCAGAGCCAGUAUUUACCUGAAGUACAGAAACCAUUAAUCUGUGCAACAAGGUCUAAAAGCCUGACUGAGAUAAGAGAGAGAAGGUCACUGACACCUUCAGGGGGUAUGGCCAUCAGGGUAAGCCAGUUGCUGGAGAGAGAAGACCCAAACAAACAGGCUGUCAGUAUCUUGCGAGACGUUUCAGCUGAGGAGAAAGACUUCCUGAGACAGAUCAGUGCUGAGCGCAGAGGAGCGGCGGGUAGCGAGCCUGAUAUCAGUAGUAUUCACUCGCCCAAAAUCUCUAGCAGGAAGGGUAUAGAGGUCAGCCCUAGAAUGAGCCGCAGUUUCUCCUCGGAAAGGUACAGCCCUUCCCCAAUCCUGCAACGGAUUCUGGAGAAGCAUGCAGGGUCUGAUCAAGAGUUACCCAGGAAUCUAUCAAGCUCCUAUGAAUACAUAUCAUCCCUGAGAGGCCACGGUUCCAGCAGCUCUGCAUUCAGCAAUGCUAAAACCUUCCUCUCUGACCAGUUAAACAAGAUGUCCUCACGGCAGUUUGAUCAGAGCAUUGAGUUGAGGAGUCCAGUGAGACGUGUGAUUGAUUGUUACCCGCUGUACAGGACAGAAUCAGACAGAACUGAAACCUCACAGGAGAGGGCAGAGGAAGGGACACAACUGAAGCAGGCAGGGCAGGAAGGGGAUACGCCUGAGGAGGCCCAGUCCAAGGCAGAUAACGACAGGCAGCAGUUAAGGUGGGAGGAGGAGAGGGAUUUGUCAGAUAGCCGACCAGUCCCCCAACAGCCAUCUGAAGUCACCCACGCCCCAGCAUCCUCAUCUUCAUUAGGGGUCAUCACAGAUACACGGUCUCUGAGAGAGGAGACCAAAUCUCUGCAGGAGUAUCAUACUCCACAACAGGCAUUGAGAAGAUUUCACCCGGCUGACCUGAAGGCCUCCCCUGCCACCAGCUCCACGGCCAGCAGCCUCAGCGAGGUCAGCAGCACAUCUCCAUCAAAUACAGACUACAACGCUGCUUGCAGACACCCCGUCACCACCAGAUACAGACCGUACAAACCAGCUGGCAGCCAUGAGGUGUAUUACACUGAGAGUGAGACUGAUGACAAAAUGUCAGGGACAGAUAGUGUGACCACAGUAGAGAGUACUCAUCCAGGUUCUGAUGAUGCGAGAGGCCCUGAAUUCCCGGCGCAUGUCCUGGGCAGUAGACCGGACGGUGUCAACAGCCAGGGUGUGUAUGGCAAUCGUAAAACUGGACCCAUGAAAGAUGUCGAACGUGCCACAAGUCUGUCCACAAUAGAGGAAAAGUCACAGGCAGAUGAUAAGGAGCAUCCCCCUUAUAGGAAGCCAUUAGAGUGUGAGAGUGAGAAAGUCAGACGGUGUGCUAACAGUCGUGGGGCGGAGCCACAGGCAGGCCCCUCCCCCAGGACUCGGGAGUUGCUGGACCACAUGGAUCACACCCUCCAGCAGAACGCACAAACUGAGGACAAGACCCAGGAAAUACGUCAGCUGAGAGUGAAGGGAGAUAAUCCUGAAUUUGACAAUGGAGAUGAUGACAAUGACAGGAGGAACAGUCGAAAAGGAGGCAGAGAUCCCUUAGGGCAGGCGGGUGCUAACCCCAGGUUACCCAUAGGAGACAAGUUACCCACCACAAAUUCCAGGGUGCCACCUGAUGACAGGUUACCCACAAUUAACUCCAGAGAGGACAAAUCACUAAAAGGAAGGGAUAGUCAGACUGACUUACGUAAUGGUGAAAUCAGGCGAGGGUUGACAACAAACUCGGUGUCAGAUGUCCAUGUCAGUUCUUCUGUGAGCACAACCAGAAUGGUGGGACAGGAGACGUACGGUUCUGACCUGGGGAAGGCCAAAUCCAGUAGUAGUAGUCAUUUACCUGGCCGCAGGCCUUUACCAGAGGAUAGGUUGGGGCAGGGUCCCAGGGGAGCUCACACCCAUAACUGCCCACUGGGAGAAAAUGCAAGCUCUACUUGCCGCACACGCUGCUGGGAAGAUGAGGUCAGGGUGACAGGGCCAGGUAGUCCCCUCUCCGAGUACAGGUCAAGCUCCGAACAAUUGUACCAUAAGCCCCGCUAUCCGGCAGACAGAGUUAUCUCCCGCUCCCUAGAGGAUUUAUCCUUCACCUCCCAGGACAGGGGACGGGGCUCCUCAUCCUUAGCUUCCCAUGCCAUCUCCCCACCCUCCCCUCAUCACUCCCCUAUCUUGCCCCAGUCCUCAGACUACCACUCCCCAUCCAGGACUGAUGCCAGGUCACUGGGUAGACAAGAACACCUACUCCCCACCUCAGGUCAUGCCUUACCCGAGUAUGUCAGUGUGGCUGAGAGGAACAAGCUGACAGGGUUGUCUCCCCUUCCUGUGGAUAUUGACAGGUUCUUGAGAGAGCCCAUCCUGAAGGAGCCCCGGAGAAGUUGUAGUGCCUCACCACCACAGCACACGUAUAUGGGGAAUCUACCUAAGCAGUGCUCUCAGAGAGAUAGGCAGAGAGAUGAGAGUGGAAUGGAUGUGAGCUCUGAGCUGGUAGACUGUGACAAGGCUCCCAUCAGCAGAGUGGCCAGACUGUUACAGGACUCCCUACACCAGAAUGAGAGCUUGGCCUCUGGGCUCAGCCAGGAUGUUAACACAUACUGGGAGAGGUUCCAGGAGUUACACACGGACUCUGACAGCAGUAUGAGCAGUGAGAGGCUGGGAGCACUGGCUGACCUCAUCAGAAACCCGUCCAGACACGUGGUCAAGCAGUACCUGCAGGAUCGAGAGAGUGAGAGGAAGCAUAGGGAGGCGUGGGUGGAGAAGGAGAGGGGCGAGCGACGCAGGGAGGAGAGUGAGAGGAAACACAGGGAGGCCUGGGUGGAGAAGGAAAGGGGUGAGCGACGAAGGGAGGAGAACGAGAGGAAGAGGCAUGCAAAUGCCAUCAAGAGGCAGAAGAUUGUAGACGGCAGCUACUCGGAGACUUUGGAGGAGAGUAACGGAUAUUCCUCAGAGCGUAGCCGAGAUGAGCGUGGAGUCAGAAAGCUGGAUGAUUCAUCGCUAAAGCCAUACCAGCGAGAAUUGUCAUACGAUAGCUCUGUGAUAGACACCUUGUAUUCUAUACCUGAAGACCCAUCCAUGGACAUGGGGCAUUCCCCAUCUACUUCCUCAGACACAUUCCAAUCAGUACAUAGGCCCACACGCAGACAGAGAAAUGUUAUUGACCCACACAUGCAGAAACUCAAAAGCAAAAUCUCCAAACAGAGGCUCAAAUAUGAGAAGCAAAAGCGAAAGGAGGUUCAGAGACUGGCAAAGAUUCAACGACUUGAAGAAUUGCUGAGAGCUAAGAAAUCUGGAAAAAUUUCAAACAAAGCUUUUGAGAAAGAAGUUGCCAACUUAUCUUCCAGCACUGUGCAGGCAUCUUCAAGUGAGAUGUCUUCGGAAGCAUCUCCGAGAAGCACAGACUUCACGGCUGUGUCGUCACAGAUGAGUAGUGACCAGUCCUCAGCCACUCUCACACCACGGAGUACCUCGGAAGACAGCACCAUGGAACAUCUGGCCUGGAUCUCCUCUUACCGCAAGGGCAGCGAAAGAACAGAGGACAAGCAAGGGAGGCAACCUAGGCAUGACAAGACACAGGCUGUGGAACAAGUGAAGACAAGGAAAGAUAAGUAUAAAAGUCCCGUACGGAAUGGAAGGGUGGAAGGAAAGUCUCCAAGCAGGAAAAAGAAAGCUGUAAUGGAUGAGCCUCCAUUUGUCACUCAGAAGGUCCAGUAUGAGCGCGUGGCCUCUCCCUCCCCGUCUAGAGGAGGUAAAUCUCCCAGCAAGGAUCGCCAUGGCAGGAAAGCAGAGCGCUCACAUAGAGAGGUGGAGAAGGAUAUGAGCUGGCGUUCCACCAGAGAUGUCUCUGUCAUGAUUCCCUCGCCCAGGAAGUCCAGGCGACCAGAGAUGGUGUCUUCCAGUGUACAGACUACACCACACCUGAACCAGAGGCAGAGAUCAAGGUCAGGGUCCCCAUCUCCCUCACGGUAUCCGGUCAGAAGCGAAAGGAUGCCCAGUAAGGAACGGAGGAGAGAGAAACCUCGUCACAGGAGUUCCUCCCCCAAACCUCAUAGGUCUAACAGUCGAGAGAACAAACCACCAAGAAAAACCAGACGCAGUUUACCAGCUGGAAGCCCCGGAGUGGCCUGGUUUGUGCCCAUGGAUGACCCUCGGCCAUGGAGGAAGCCCCUCCGAGAGCGACAAGCCCUGGCGUUGUCCCAAUACCCUGACCUGCCCCGCCCACUCCCAGAGAAUGACUGCUCAGAGGUGGAGAGCUUCAUGGAGAUGUACCUGACAAAGUCCAGGAAGUCUUCAUCUGACCAAGAGCCCAGUGAAGAUCAUGAGGAAGAGAAACCCCUUUCCAAAAUGACACUUCAGGAAGCUUUCCUGAAGUUUAAGGCUGAUGUUGUAUCGCGGUCCAAAGCCCGUCAGAGGCGCAUAGCGCUAGCAUCGAAGGAGAGGCAAUUGGAGGAGAUGCUGGGUGCAGAGCGUGCGCAGUUGUUCAUGGAUCAGCGUUACCAGGAUGUCAUCAUGCAGUACCAUCCUCUCAGUGAAAAUCUGUUCAAGCCCAGAAAAAGGUCCAUGUCGAAGUCAGAAAUGAAAGAAUUAACAGCAAGGCUGUACAACAGACUGCCUGAGGUGGUACAGAAGAGACUUGAGGAGAAGAGACUGGCCGAGUACAAGGUGAACAGGAUACGGGCUAAGAUGUUCAAUAAGAAAAUCCAGCGCAGUGUCCUGGGAAAGCCCACGCCUUGGUACGCAUGAGAGGGCUUCCACAAGACCCUGCUGCAUACACCCAGUGUUAGGAAGAUAGGCCCAGUAUACAGUCAGUACAUGAAAUCUGGGUUAGGACAAGUAUUAUUUAUGAAAGUGCUGAACUGUGCUAAGAUUAUGAAUUUAAAUAUAAAUAAUUUAUUAUGUUAUAAUCAGUAGCUAGGAGAUCGCUUGGUCCUACAAGCAUGUGGAUGUCUGAGUCUACUGUACAUACAUUUGGUGUUCAUGUAAGGUACAUGUAAGCCGGAUCUUGUAGGUAGAGCAGUAUUGUGUGUCUAGGCAUAAAAUGUACACAACAGUACUGUGUGUCCAGGCAUAAUAUCUACACAGCAGCACUGUGUGUCUAGGCAUAAAAUGUACACAGAGCACCUGCUACAUUUAGAUGUAUGAAGUGAGUCUGUACUUAUGUGUACAUUGUAAUCUGACUAGCAAAGACUUCAGAGAAACAUGGCUAUAUGUCCUGCUAAAUUUGCAGUCACAAGGUGGAGCUUUCUGUCCAAUGAGCAGUUGUGUUUUCUUCCAGUGUAGGCUUUCACCAAUGAUCAUUCUUUAAGGUCUGGCUUUUUUGUCCAGUUGUGACCAUCGUUGUAAUAAUCAGCUCCUGAAAUUACCCCUCAGUUUCACAGCAUUAAGCACUUUUCUUCGCUAUUAUAAUUAAUACAUGUAGUUUCAGCUGACUGACUUGUUAACUGACAACAGUAAAUUGCAGUCAUCUCUUGCCAUUUCCUACUCUGUGGCCACGGGGAAGGUAGCCACUCUCAUGUCAGCAGAACCAAUCACCAUGGUGACAAAAAGAGUCCUCCUCCUUUUGUAACAUUUUCAGGAUCCUAAAAGUUUGUUGAAAGUUCAUUGUAUAAUGAUAAAAUCUUCAUAAAAACAAGAGUGUUUUUUCAGUAUCCCUUUGCCUUUUUUUCUGAUGUUUAACUAUGUGCUUCUGUUAUCAAGUCCUGAUGAAUAACCAGGGUGUGAAUGUCCUGCUCUUGGCUGAAUUCACUGAAGUCACACAAUGUUACUUACCUAUGUCCACUUAUAUAUAUAGACCUCUUUAUGUAAUAAGGGUGUAUUAGUUUAGCAAUUAUCUGUCUGUGAUAAUACAACUUCAGUUGUAUGUAUAGUUAGUAACACAAUGUAAAUAUUUGCCAAUUUGAGCUAAGUAUUAGGGAGAGUAAUAUGCCAUGGUCAAGCAUAGGAUGAUACUAUUUCUUGUAAGUAAAUACUUUUGUAUUACUGGUAACCCAGGUGUUUCUAUUCCUUUCCAAUUCACGCACAGUACCAGUUUCCGACCCUGCCAGAAUAUUAACAUAUACGUAGAACGGAGAUUAUAUUCACACAGUAAAAGCCGUCUCUCUUGGUCACCUGUUGGCUAACUGUGUACCUGUACCAGGCAGACAGUCUGUAGAUGU